AUGUUCACCGAUGGAAACAAUACCCAGAAUGGCAAUCUUCUACAAUCUUCAGCAAUCAAUAAUGAUCAAGGAACUUUACUCGAUGAUAACGAAGCAACGGUUCAAAAUGAUUAUACAUUAGCAUAUAGAAAUCGACAAUAUGAUAAACGCCCUCUACGAUUUUUCUUAUGUUGUACAUUUUCAACUGCACUUAUAUUAGCGACAGUCAUCGUUUUGCUAAGUUCAGUUGUAUAUCAUUCAAAUAAAGAAAAAAAGUAUGACGAAGAUGUUCAAAUUGAAGUUUUAUGGACAAGUGGUUUUCCAAAGUUACUAACAGAAACAGCAUUUCGUCUUGUUGAUUGUAAUUCCGACGGUAUACUUGAUGUUAUAUUUGGUUUUGGGACCGGUGUUGACACAUUAGGGGACAACCGAUUGUUAUGUGAUCUUUACUUUAACGGAAUUCAUCCAUGUAAUGGAGGUGUUAGAGCUUUAGAUGGCCGAAAUGGACAAUUGCUAUGGAGUUACGAUAAAUCACAUCAUGAAGUAUUUGCAUUGAACUGUCAACGAGAUAUUGAUGGAGAUCAUAUUCCUGAUUGUGUUACUGGUGGACGAGGAGGUACAUUCGAAGCUAUUAGUGGAAAAACUGGUUCGUUAAUAUGGACGUUUGACAACGAUGUACGAAUAGCAACAAUGAACUUUUAUACACCCUUAUAUUUAAAUAAAGAUUUUGAUAAUGAUGGUUUAAAUGAUCUGAUAACAGUACAUGGCGGUGAUCCAAUAAGAAAACCACAUGAUACUGUUCGAUUAGCAGGUGAAGUUCUUCUUGUUAGUGCAAAAACUGGAAAAUUAUUAAAUGUAUCUAUUGUUCCUGAUAAAAUGGAGUCCUAUUAUUCUCCACAGCUAUUACAACGAUCAGCCGAGGAAGAAUAUAUUCUUGUUGGUACUGGUGGUGAGGCACACGGUGGUGGACUUUAUGCGCUUGAUGUAAAAUGUUUUUCUAUGCCAUGCUCGUCACCGUAUAUAAAAAUAAUUAAUGAUGAAUAUAAAGGUGUAAUGACACCGCCCGUUUUAGUCGAUGUCAAUAAUGAUGAUAUUGAAGAUAUUAUUAUCCCACUAUAUAAUUCGACAUUGUUUGCGUUCGAUGGAAAAACAUUUCGACAACUAUGGAAUAGAACUUUUCCUAGUUCAGAAACAUAUAGUUCGCCUGCAGUUGGAUAUUUUAAUGACGAUGAUAUACCUGAUAUUAUGGUUCAUUAUCAAACCGGACCAGGUUAUCCAUUAUAUUAUAGUGCACAGACAACUAUUCUGAAUGGUCUUACGGGUGAACCGAUACUUGAUAAAUCUAUUGAACAGACAGUUGGUGCUCAAAGUUCUCCAUUAACUAUAAGUUUUAAGCAACGUGGACAUGAUAUGUUUAUUUAUUGGAUGGGUGAAUGUGACGCCGUCGAUAGUAGUAAAGAGAGAAAAAUUGAUUAUGAUAAAAAUGCGCCCAGUGUACUUCUUUCGAAAGCUGAUAUUUGUAAACUACGGUAUCAAACAACAAGUUUUACUGCACUUCAUGGUUUGACACAAUCUAUGAAGCCACCAGGGAUUCUCAUUUAUAAUUCUAAUCAUUACGUGGCUCUUGAACGAAGUACAACGACACCAAGUUCGAUAGAUGUCGAAAAUUUUCUCCAACAAUAUCCUGAUUAUGUAUCGAUAUAUAAAUCAUGGCAACGACUGGAUAAUUAUAUGCAGAAUCAAGACGUACCGGAUGUAACUCCAUCAAUACUAGACGAUGGCAGUAAUGAGGAACCAAGCGAGACCGCCGAUUCCGAUGAAAAUGAUAAUGAAGUUGAUGCUGCAUUUCGUUCAAGUCGAAAAAAAUAUAAACGACAUGUUGGACCGCAUGACAACGGUGGAUUACAAAGAAUUAUCUCAACCGGUACAUUAGCUCCAUCAUUUGAACUGAAUUCUAAAUCAACAAUUGAUUUAAUAUUUGCGACAUAUUGGAUUCCUUCUGACACAUCGACAUUAUUAGCUGCUAAUGAACGUACAUGCAUUGAAGACGGUAUGGCAAAAGAAGAAGAACGACUCAAAUCAAUCAGUGCUAAUUUUUAUGGCAUGGAUCAUGAUGCAUAUGAACAUUAUAUAGAAGAUUUAUGCACAAAUAAAACUCGCCUAUAUGAAACUGUAUUAAAAAUUUCUCCGGAAAUUAUUAGUCAAGUUCAAGCGUCAAUGUUAAAUCCGUUCCGAAAACAAUUCGGACAAUUAACUAUCUAUCGUAUUCGACUACAUUUCAAGAAAAAUCAAUGUGAACCCAAUAAUACAAGAAAAUGUCUCUUCAAUUUAGAUAAUAAUGAUCUUCUUCCAUUUAAACAACAAAUUUGGCCGGCUUACAUGGGAAUCAGUGGAGAUUGCCACGCGAAUAAUAGAUUUUCAAUUUAG